AUAGGCGCCGCGACCGACCUGGGAGGCCGGGAGGGGUUUCUCUGGCUUCGGAGGAGACAGUCUUCUAGAACUUUCUCUGGACGGGGCCGUGAGGUGCUGGGUCGAGACCCGCUCUUGCCCUUGGCUCCUACUCUCGUCCUCUAGGAGUCGCUCUCGGGGGCUCUCAGAGGAACAGGCUCACAUCUUCCUGGUGGAAAGCUGCUAGCAACACGAUGAGUCUGCAGUGGACUGCAGUCGCCACCUUCCUCUAUGCGGAGGUCUUCGCUGUGCUGCUGCUCUGCAUUCCCUUCAUUUCUCCCAAAAGAUGGCAGAAGAUUUUCAAGUCCCGCCUUGUGGAGUUGGUAGUGACAUAUGGCAACACCUUCUUUGUGGUUCUCAUUGUCAUCCUUGUGCUACUGGUCAUUGAUGCUCUUCGUGAGAUUCGAAAGUAUGAUGAUGUGACAGAGAAGGUGAACCUCCAGAACAACCCUGGGGCUGUGGAGCACUUCCACAUGAAGCUUUUCCGUGCCCAGAGGAACCUCUACAUUGCUGGCUUUUCCUUGCUGCUGUCCUUCCUGCUUAGACGCCUGGUGACUCUCAUCUCCCAGCAGGCCACGCUGUUGGCCUCCAACGAAGCCUUUAAAAAGCAGGCAGAGAGCGCCAGUGAUGCGGCCAAGAAGUACAUGGAGGAGAACGACCUGCUCAAGAAGGAAGCUGGCGGUGUCACCAAGUUGGGUGGCAGGGACAGCGAAGUGAAGGUGCAGGAAGAGAACAGGAGCCUGAAGGCUGAUCUCAAGAGGCUGAAGGACGAGCUGGCUGUCAACAAGCAAAAGCUGGAGAAGGCGGAAAAUGAAGCUCUGGCCAUGCGGAAGCAGUCUAAGGGCCUCACCAAGGAGUAUGACCGCCUGUUGGAGGAGCACACGAAGCUGCAGGCUGCGGUAGAUGGCCCCUCGGACAAGAAGGAGGAGUGACGCUCCCUGGCCGCCUGCAGCUCGCUCAGUACCGCCACUCUCUCCUUUGCGCUUCUGUUUCCUCAUGCUGCUUGCUGUUCCAUGCGCUGCCUGCAUUCCUUAGGGGACCCGGGUCCCCCCCCCCCCCCCCCCCCCCCCAGAAUGAGCCAGGCUGCGGCGGGGCUUGCUUCCCACUGGGCUAAGCCCCUCGAUGUUGCGUGCUGAUAUUCUGGGCUCCUAAGGCCCCUCUCCUUCGGUCCUGCCGCAAGGCAGGCAGAGCAGGAAGAAUAGCUUCUUGGGGGGCAAUAAAGUCUGUUGUGUUAUGUC